UUUCAAUUGUGUCGUGUGUCUAGCAGAAGCAAGUAACAAAAAACAAAUUCAGAAAAAUGAAUAACUGGUCGUGGAUUGAUGAGUUGCCGAAAGAGAGAAAUAUUGUACCUGAGGAUGAUAGCAGUUCCCUUAGUUCCACGGAUCAGAGCUUGUCGCAAGCCGAAGACGAUGAAAAAUCUUCUGAGACAAACAAUCAUCUAGUACAUCAAAAGUUUUUGAACGAUUUUGUGGAGAAAGUUGACUCGAUAGCUUCAAUGGAUGAACAGGCGGUGGAUCUGACCGUCAAAUGUAUGAAUGCCAUAACGAAUGACAUCUGUCGACGUGUCGUUCAAAUUGCAAAGUAUCGAAAAGUCGAGCCAGAUAUAUUGGAUCUAAAGUUUGUGCUAAAGCGUGAAUACAAUAUGGAAUUCCCACGCACAAAUUGAAAAUGGGAAUCUAUUAAAUGAAUUCAGCUAAUAUUAAAUUGUGAAAAUAAUGAUA